UGCAGCGCAGCCUCCCGUCCCGAGCCGCGCGCGGAGCCGCCAGGGUUUCCCACACGCAGACGCCCGGGCCCUGGCCCUUCCGCAGCCUCGCUCCUGCCGGCCGCGCUGCCCGCCAUGCGGCCGCCGCUCUACCGCUGUCACAACACCACCUCGGUGGAGAAGGGCAACUCGGCGGCAGUGGGCGGGGUGCUCUUCAGCGCGGGCCUCCUGGGCAACCUGCUGGCCCUCGGGCUGCUGGCGCGCUCGGGGCUGGGUUCGUGCCGGCCGCGCCCGCCGCCCUCGGUCUUCUACGUGCUGGUGUGCGGCCUGACGAUCACAGACUUGCUGGGCAAAUCCCUCGUGAGCCCCUUCGUGCUGGCCGCCUACGCGCAGAACCGGAGCCUGUGGGGACUGGCGCCCGCGUCGGGCAGCUCCCUGUGCCAAGCCUACGCCUUCUUCAUGUCCUUCUUUGGGCUUGCCUCGACGCUGCAGCUCCUGGCCAUGGCCCUGGAGUGCUGGCUGUCCUUGGGGCACCCCUUUUUCUACCGACGGCACAUCACCCUGCACCGCGGCGCGCUCGUGGCGCCGGUCGUUGGCGCCUUCUGUCUGGCUUUCUGCGCGCUGCCCUUCGUGGGCUUCGGGAAGUUCGUGCAGUACUGUCCCGGCACCUGGUGUUUCAUCCAGAUGGUGCACGAGGAGCGUUCGUUGUCGGUGCUGGGCUACUCGGUGCUCUACGCCAGCCUCAUGGCGCUGCUGGUCCUCGCCAUCGUGCUGUGCAACUUGAGCGCCAUGCGCAACCUCUACGCGAUGCACCGGCGGCUGCGGCGGCGCCCGCGCUGCGGCACUCCGAACCGCGUCGAGCCGGGGCCCUACGACAGGGAGGCGGCCGCGCAGCCCCUGGAGGAGCUGGACCACCUGCUGCUGCUGGCCCUCAUGACCGUGCUUUUCACUAUGUGCUCCCUGCCUUUAAUAUAUCGUGCUUACUAUGGAGCAUUUAAAACCGUCCAUGAGAAAGAUGGAAACUCUGAAGAAAUGGAAGACCUCCGAGCCUUGCGUUUUCUCUCUGUAAUCUCCAUUGUGGACCCUUGGAUUUUCAUAAUUUUCAGAACACCAGUAUUUCGGAUGUUUUUUCACAAGAUUUUCAUAAGGCCUCUUAUGUACAGAAAUUCCUGCCGAACUAAUGUGGAGUCCAGUCUGUGACACUGUUUUACUACCCAGUCUCUGGAGGGAUCUAUGCUUCUUUGAAAAACAGGGAUGUAUGACUUACCAGAGAAUCAUGUUUACUGCGUUUGGCUGCAUGAGGCAACAGGGUAUUCAACACAGAGUAAAGCCCACCCAGGACUCAGUCAACCUCAUUCGAGGGUAGGUGGUAACAACAACCUUAACGUCUACCUAUUAACAGCCAUUAUUCUGCUCUUUGUGGAAACCGUGAGAUCAUGUUGAGGUUCCUGAGAGCUGUGCUUUCAAACCUAGAGCAGGAUGUGGCUCAAAUGGAGCACAACCAAGCACUUUAAUCGUACAUUUACAUGUUUACAAAGGUUUACAACACUACAGCCAAAAGGAAGAAGAGGGGAAAAUACAGCUGCGGCUAAUAAACCAAACAAGAAACUCUAAGCCCAUUUUGUAGGUAAGAACUUCCACCUUUGGUAAAAGAACAUAUGGGGAAUAUUAAUUUUCAGCCACUCUGGGGUCCCUUUGUACUCCAUCACACUCAGACUCUGAGCUGGAGAGCUGGUACAUUUGAAUAGUCCCAGGACCCCCACUCAGCCAUCCCUUCCAAAGAUAAGAAUAUUUGCCUUAUUUCCAGCUUAGAAGCAACCCCACUGAGAACCCCAGAGAGCAAACCUCUGGUUUGUCUCAGAAAUAUAUUAACUUGGAUAUAUGUGUGUGUGUGUUUGUGUGUGGUAUAACAAAACUGUGAAAUGGCCAAAUCAGGAAUAUACAAGCUGUAAUUUACAGUAUCACAUGACAAAAAGUGCAUUUGUUUUCAAGUUUAACUUUCACUUGUAUAUUUAAUGUGUAAAUAUAAUAUGUGUUGUAUUGUCAGAGGAAGUACCUCUUUUUUUGUGUGUUUUCCUUUUGGAAGGUUAACUAUGGUAGCUA